AGAAGAGGCAUGGACAUGGUUGAAAAGGUUGCUCUUCCUCUGCCCCUCCCUAACCCACCAUCACCAUCCCCAUCCCCUUCCCCUUCCAGACCCUUUUCUAUGCCUAUGGCUGUGACUAUGACUAUGACUAUUCCACCCACACCUUCACCUUCACCUUCACCACCACCAAUAACCACUCUUGUCCAAGACCUCAAUUCCACUUCCUCUUCGCAUCUCCGACGCCGCACCACCAUCACCAAAUCCUCCGACCCCAACCGCGGCAAGCCAUGGUCUACUCAUGGCCUUUCUCCUCGAGGUCAGCAUAUUCUCCAAACCUUAAAUCAUCCUUCCUUUGAUUCCAAUUCCACUCAUUUGGAUGAUAUUUUGCGUCCCCUUUUUGACCUUCCACAUCCCGCUUCUUUGUCUUCUGAUAUUUUGAGCAUAAUCAAGGGUUUAGGGUUUAACAAGAAAUUUGAACUCGCUUUGUCCGUCUUUAAUUGGGUUCGAAGCAGGGAGGGUUGUGUUCCCCUCUUGAGUGGUUCUGCUAUCGCUGUCAUUAUUAACAUUCUUGGCAAAGCUGGUCGAGUCUCAUCCGCUGCCUCCUUGCUCCUCAGUCUUGAAAAUGAUGGGUUUGAGAUUGAUGUCUAUGCUUACACUUCUUUGAUAACUGCUUAUGCCAGUAACGGCAGGUACAUGGACGCCGUCAAGACGUUUAACAAGAUGCAACAAGAUGGCUGUACACCUACUCUGAUCACUUUUAAUGUCAUUUUGAAUGUUUAUGGCAAAAUGGGCAUGCCUUGGUCUAACAUCACAGCUCUUGUUGAUGCUAUGAAAAGAGAUGGGGUUGCCCCUGAUUUGUACACUUUUAAUACGCUUAUAAGUUGUUGUCGUCGUGGUUCUUUGUAUGAAGAAGCUGUCCACCUGUUUGACCGGAUGAAGUUAGCGGGAUUCACUCCUGACAAGGUUACAUAUAAUGCAUUAUUGGAUGUUUUUGGCAAGUCCAGACGCCCCAAGGAGGCUAUGCAGGUUCUUAUAGAGAUGGAAAGUAAUGGGCUUUCCCCUACCAGUGUAACUUACAAUUCAUUGAUAUCGGCUUAUGCUAGAGGUGGUUUGUUGGGGGAAGCAUUGGAGCUUAAAACCCAAAUGCUGGAGAAAGGGAUUCAGCCUGAUGUUUUUACCUACACAACCCUUUUGUCGGGAUUUGAGAAGGCCGGAAAAGAUGAGUUUGCCGUUAAAAUUUUCGAAGAAAUGAGAGCAGCAGGGUGCAAACCUAAUAUUUGCACCUUUAAUGCCCUUAUUAAGAUGCAUGGUAACCGAGGAAAGUUUGUGGAGAUGAUGAAAGUCUUUGAGGAGAUCAAGGUAUGCAAGUGUUCCCCUGAUAUUGUUACUUGGAACACCCUUUUGGCUGUAUUUGGACAAAAUGGAAUGGACUCCGAGGUUUCGGGAGUAUUUAAAGAAAUGAAGAGAGCAGGGUUUAUGCCCGAGAGGGACACCUUCAACACCCUAAUAAGUGCAUACAGCAGGUGUGGUUCCUUUGACCAAGCAAUAGCUGUUUAUAAGAGCAUGCUGGAAGCUGGAGUGGCUCCGGAUCUUUCUACCUAUAAUGCUGUUUUAGCAGCAUUGGCUCGGGGAGGCCUUUGGGAACAAUCUGAGAAAGUCCUUGCUGAAAUGAAGGAUGGUCGGUGUAAACCUAAUGAGCUGACAUACUCUUCUUUACUUCAUGCUUAUGCCAAUGGUAAGGAGAUUGAAAGGAUGACUGCUUUUGCUGAGGAGAUGUACUCUGGCUCUAUUGAAACACAUGCUGUUCUUUUGAAGACACUAGUUCUCGUAAAUAGCAAGAGUGAUCUCCUGAAGGAAACAGAACGCUCUUUUCUGGAGUUAAGGAGAAGAGGAAUUUCGCCUGACAUAUCUACUCUGAAUGCAAUGAUUUCAAUAUAUGGGAGGAAGCAGAUGGUGACCAAAACCAAUGAGAUUUUGAACUUCAUGUACGAGACUGGAUUUACUCCAAGUUUGACUACUUAUAAUAGCUUGAUGUACAUGUACAGUCGUUCUGAAAACUUCGAAAAAUCAGAAGAAAUCUUAAGGGAUGUUCUGGAGAAAGGUAUGAAACCUGAUAAAAUUUCAUACAAUACUGUUAUUUAUGCAUAUUGCAGAAAUGGUAGGAUGAAGGAGGCUUCCCGGAUAUUUUCUGAAAUGAAAGAUUCUGGACUUGUUCCUGAUGUUGUAACUUACAACACAUUUAUUGCAACUUAUGCUGCUGACUCAAUGUUUGUUGAGGCUAUUGAUGUAGUUCGAUACAUGAUCAAGCAGGGAUGUAAGCCCAACCAGAAUACUUACAACUCCAUCGUUGAUUGGUAUUGUAAGCUCAAUCAGAAAGAUGAGGGAAAAAGUUUUGUUAAAAACCUUGGUAAUCUUGACCCACGUGUUUCCAAGGAGGAAGAAAGUAGGUUACUAGAUAGAAUUGCAAAAAAAUGGCCAUAAGUUGUUCCAUGACUCUCUGGAAUCUUUACUGGAAUUUUGAUGUUUAUUUGGCCCCAGUUUUUUGAUGCCCUUAGUCUCUUCUUUCUCCUUUGUUGUCAUGUUAUAUAAUAUUUGGGUAUGGAGGUUGGCAUUAACCCAAUGUAUUUGAAAAAGGUAGCAGCAUGUCUGCAGAGGUUGUACAGAGAGAAUGGGGAGGGGUUGGUACUGAUAUUCAAAAACUUGUAGAAUAGACUAUAUAACAAUGUUACCAAGAAAAAAACAUGUAUAGAGUAAUUUUUAUGACAGUAUUUCUGAUAUUAUUUGUAAGGGGCAGGAUCUUUGAUAUCAGUGUCAAAUUUUGAAAUUUAACAGCAAAUCAUAUCCGUUGAUUUCAGUUAAUCAAUGAUUAUCAUUUAUUGGGAAUUAAUAAUAAUAAUUAAUAAGUUUGAUUCCCAAUAAAUGAUAGCCGUUGAUUGACGGAAAUCAAAGGUUGGGAUUUGGUGUCAAAUUUCGAAAUUUGACACUAGUGUCAAAGGAUCCUACCCUUAUUUGUAACGUAGUGCAUCCGUUACAAUGUAUUUGAGUUUUUAUUUUUUUGCUUCGGGAGCUCUAUUAAAGAUUGUUCCUGCAGCUA